GUUAUCCAUCCCUUUCGUGAGCUGUCUUUGCCGGUUAUUUUUAGGUUAAAAUUCUAAAAUAAAUUCAAGAAAGCAGCAGUGAUACGUUUGUCAUGUAGGUUAUUUUAAUGAGUAAACGUGCGCAGAACUUAAUUAAAGAAUUAUUUAAGAUAAUUGCGCACUUGCCCUUACAAAACUCCUUUGUCUAACGGCUUAAUCCCAUUGUAUUCUUUGUUUACCAAGUGUUAUGAAACAGUAAGAGGUACUGUCGCUAAAGCAGCGUCAGGCAAAUUAACAAUGUCGGGGGAUGUACAGCCGAGAAAACGUAAAGAUAAGAAAAAGAAAAAAGAUGAGCUUGGUAUAGAAGAACCUCGUGGCACAGCAGCAGCUCUCGGUGAAGGUGAUGUUUUCUUACAUUCUCAUCAUGAUCAUGGCACUGGUGGACAUUGGUGUGCUAAAAUAAUAUUCUUUUCACUUCUGGCUGUCUUAAUUACACUGAUUGGACUUAUUAUAUUGGAAAAUAGAGGUCUUAGUGAAUUGGAAGCUAACUCUGUAGAGUCCCGAUACUCUGGUGUUUUAGAAGGUUGGAUUGAGGAUACUCCAGAUGAUGACCAUCACGACGAACAUACUCUGGAAUUGAAACAUCCUGAUGAUGGAGAUGCACAUGAUGAUGAUCAUGAAGAUGUAGAAAGUGAUAAUGAAGAGGAAGAUGAGGAACAUGAAACUGAAGAAAUUGAUCAUAGUGAGGAAGAGGAAGAAGAUGCUGAUGAAGAACAAAAUGAGGAUGACCAAGAACGAGAGGCGGAUGAAGCUAUUGCAUACAGUGCUUAUCGAAACAUUUAUCAAAAAUUCAUAAAGAACGAUGAUUUAGAUGAGGAAGAUGAAAAGGAUGAAAUAGUUGAACAAAAUGACGAUGACGUCGAUGAGGACGCUGCUGAAAAUGAUAGUAAUGAGGACGGUAAUGAAAACGAUAGUAAAGAAGACGAUAAUGAUGAUGAUGACGACAAUGAAAAUGAAAUAAAUGAAGACAUGGAUGAUGAAAGGAAUAUGGAUGAAGAAAAUAAUGAUGGUGAAGGCAACGACGAUGACAGUGCAAUUAAUGAAUUCAAUAAUGAUGAUGAAAAUGAAAGUAACGAAGAAAACAAUGACAAUGAAUUGGAGAAUUUAAACAAUGACGAAGUUGAUGAAGACCAAUGGCAAAAUGAUGAGGUCGAAGGAAACGAAAGCGAUGACGACGAUGACGACGAUGAAAUCGUUGAAAAAAUCGAACGAGAAAUAUCUGAUGAGGACAUUAUAUCUGCAGAGGUUUCCAAUAUGCCUGAAACGAAGGAGGAUGGAGAUAAUGAUGUUGAUGAUGCAUCAAAAGAAGUGCGAGAAGAUAAAGAGGAUGCAACUGAAGAUGAUAAUGAUGAUGAUGAUGAAGAUGAACCACCCGUUGAACGCAUCACAAUACCACCAGCUGGCAAACCAUACACAGAGAUAGAAGAAGAACCUCUUCAAAGCACGCCAGACACCCUCGCCGCAGAGGAAGAGUACGAAAAACAACAAGAGGAAUUAAGGCGGGAACGUGAGGCACAAGCCUCGCAAGGCAUGUGGCUGAAGCUGGUGGUGGGCGGCGCACUGCUGGUCGCCACUCACGCGGUCGUGCGACGUGCCACAGCACGGCGUGAUGAACCGGAAAAUGACGAACAGAUACUUAGGGAAGAUCCACCCGUAAUAGAUAGACGUAUGACACUUAUUCCACCAACGGCAGAAACAAAACAAAUUAUUCCGCCUAUUCAAGAAGAAAUUGUGCAAAAGACUGCACCAGCUGAACAAUCUAUACCCAUAUUGAAAAGAGAUUUAGAAGAUAAAAAUGUUGAGAUAAAAAAAAAUGUUAAAGAAGACAUUCAAGAGCAUGAUAAAGAUAAAGGCAAUGAAAAAGAGCUUUACAGUGAUGACGGAGAAGAGGAAGAAGAAGAAGAAAUAGACGAAGAAGAGGAGGAGGAGGAGGAAGAGAAGGAAGUGAAAGAGGAAGUUUUUACUAAAAAAGUUGAAGCAAAAGAAUCUAAAAGUGCUGUAGUAGCAAAAGCGCCCCCACAAGUUGAACCUGAUGAACCUGAUUCAGAAGAUGUUGAAAUAAUUGACGAGGAACAGAUUGAGGAAGAAUUGGAAGAGGAAGAGGAAGAGGACGAAGUUGAAGAAGAAAUAUCGGAUGUUGAUGACACGGAAUUGUUAAGUCGUCUAGAAGCGAAAUACGGUCGACUGCCGGAACCGGAGAGGCCUGGCAAAAACAAAGGUGGUGGGAACAGUAUAGAAGAUGACUGGCCGGGCGAACCCAAUGAUCCCUACUGGAGUCAACAACUUGACCUUGCCGAAGAUGAGCUUCGACAGGGGGCGUUAUCUGCGUGCGAGCGACGUGUGUCAGCAAAGGAGCUACAGAACAGUACUCGCGGGCAAUGGCUGGCGGCGAGAGCGUUAGAUAUGAUGGCUGAAGCUAAAAGGGACAAUAAAUUACUGUCUCGAGCCAUUGCAGCUUAUCUACAACUGCUGAAAAUGAAUGAGCGCUUGUCCGAUAAAAGGCUGCUAGAUAUUGCUCAACGGGCCAUCGAUAGAAUACAGUUUAGAGGAACUUAUCUGAAUGCAGAGCCGGUAUACCGUUUACUUAUUCGACGGUUUCCUAACGAUGUACACUAUAGAAACAAUUUAACCAUAUGCUUCUUAAUGGCUAACAGAGCCGACUUAGCAGACGAAGUCCUCAAGGAAACUAUUCGAAUGUGGCCGAAUGAUCGUGUAGCUUUAGCUCAUUACGGCUUUGUUUUAAAAACGCAAUACAACAAAUUAGAAGAAGCAAUCGUAUUUUUACAAAAAGCUCUCGACGGCGAUACCGGUCCUGCGUGCGAGCCUCGGUUUUACUAUCACUUGGGCGAUGCGUUGUUACUUCUACAGAGGUUUGAUGAAGCUAAUGAAGUGCAUAAACGUGGUGCACGCCUUGGCCAUUUCCUCUCCCCAACUCAACGAUCUCUUUACAAUGUACCGCGACUUAAAGGUCAACCUUGGUGGUCCAUAAGUGAAACGCCAUAUGCUAAAUUAGCACUGGCCCUGGAAAAGUCUUGGCGGGAAAUUUUGAAGGAAGGCCUAGCUGCUAAAACCUUAUACGAAAAAGAAAAAGAAGGUUUAAAAGAACGCGGAGAGUGGUCGCAAUUGGAUAUAUUCGUGAGAGGUCGCGAGAUACCGGGAAGAUGCAAGAAGGCGCCAGUUACGUGUUCUAUAGUUCAACAAGAAGCGGCAGCUUCUGGAUGUAGAAGAGGACAAAUUAAAUUCAGCUUGAUAGAACCGGGAACCCACGUUAGACCACAUGUCGGCCCAACGAAUUGCCGACUUCGUAUGCAUUUAGGCUUAAGUAAUACCAAAGAUACGUUUAUAAGAGUGGACAAAGAAACUAGGCAGUGGGAGGUGGGUAAAGUGUUCAUAUUCGACGAUAGUUUCGAGCACGAAGUAUGGCACAACGGCACCGGGUCGCGUCUCGUGCUCAUCGUGGACGUGUGGCAUCCAGACCUUACGCCCGCGGAACGCCGCAGCUUACCCGCGAUAUAAAUUAUCUGUAUUUCCGUUUCCCGCGCUUUGUAAACUAAAUAGAUUAAACAUUCAACGUCUCCACAUAGCAAUUUCACAUUGAGUGAAAGUUUUUUAAUCCCGAACUUAUUGUUGUGAUAAAAAUACCUAUAUUAUGGUAAAUAAUAGUAAAGCUUUUAAGUGCAAUUUGACUUGUUUCAAAAGUCAGCCGUAAAAAUAUUU